AUAUUCUGGGUCGGAUAUUGCAGUAGUGGUACGAGAUGCCUUAAUGGAACCUGUUCGUAAAAUUGAUGCACAUUGUCGUGACAACCCUGAAAUUACCAAACAAUAUCUCACUCCAUGCUCACCUGGUGAUCUAGGUGCUAAAGAAAUGACUUGGAUGCAAGUUGAUUCGGAUAGUUUACUAGAACCUGAAUUAACAUUAAAAGAUUUCAUUAAGGCGAUACAAAUAGCUAGACCUACAGUAAACGCUGAUGAUAUUAAAGCACAUACAAA